GUGUAUUUGAAACUCAUGCGUUGUUAUAAAAAUGUGUAACUCGGAUCUGCUCAGCCCACCCCCUCGCACGUCCACAGCAUCCUGCUGAUGCAGAAGGGCUUCCACGGACGCUACCUGGCGUGAACCCACACAAAUAUGACGAUGUGAUUCAAUAACACCAGCUCUUGAUUUUUUCCUGCCAUCUGACCGAGACGUUGGGAUUUCCAAUUCCACGCAUGCCACAAACGCACCACCGUGCAGUAAAAGGUAAUCGCGGUUAAAAAAAAAAAAAAAAAAAGGUGUUGAGACUCGGAAGAAAGAAGCUUCUUUUCUCCCACAAGAGCUCGCUGGCUGGUGGUUGAGCUUCAGCACUCGGGUCGUGGAAGCAGAAAAGCACAGACAAAGAGAGUCAAGGAUGAGCGGCAAUCGAAGCGCUCUGUUGUUGGCGUCCUCGUAUGACGGGCAGGCCUACCUGCUGCCCCACGUGCACGAGUACAAAUGCGGCGGCGUGUCCGUCCAGCCCACCGUGGCCAUUUUGGGGUCAGGGGAUUUCUCCAAGGGUUUGACUCUCCGUCUGCUGCGCUGCGGCUUCCACGUGGUGGUCGGCAGUCGGCAUCCCCACCAAGCAGCCCGCGUCUUCCCUCACGUGGUGGACGUGACGCACCACGAGGACGCCGUCGGCAAGGCCAGCGUGGUCUUCUUGGCCAUCCGCCGAGAACACUACGCCGUUUUGUUGGACCUCAAGCAUUUACUGGAAGGAAAGAUAUUGGUGGAUGUGAGUAACAACCGUCGGAUGAACCAGUACCCAGAGUCCAAUGCCGAGUACCUGUCCUCCUUGCUGCCACACUCCAUCGUGGUGAAAGCCUUCAACGUCAUCUCAUCCUGGGCCAUGUUGCAGACCACACCCAAAGACGCCAGCACACAGGUGUUUGUGUGCAGCGACUCGGUGGAGGCUCGUCAUCAGAUCAUGGAGUUAGCUCGCCGGCUAACCUUCCAGCCGGUAGACAUGGGAACUCUUUCCUCCUCCCAGGACAUCGAGAACAUGCCGCUCCGCUUGUUCCCGGGCUGGAAGGGCCCCGUCCUCGCCGCCGUCACCCUCUCCAUCUUCUUCUUCGCAUACUCCUUUGUCCGAGACGUCGUCCACCCGUACCUCAAGCACAAGCAGAGCCACUUCUACAAGAUCCCCAUCGAGACGGUCAACAGGACGCUGCCCACCGUGGCCAUAACUCUCCUGGCGCUGGUCUACCUGGCGGGCCAGGUGGCGGCGGCGCACCAGCUCUACUACGGAACCAAGUACCGGCGUCUGCCCGGCUGGCUGCAGGGCUGGCUGCAGUGUCGCAAACAGUUAGGACUGCUCAGCUUUUUCUUCGCCUCGGUCCACGUUCUCUACAGUCUCUGUUUGCCCAUGAGAAGGUCUGAGAGGUACCUGCUGCUCAACACGGCUGUCCAACAGGUCCAUUCCAAUGUGGUGGAUUCCUGGAAUGAGGAGGAGGUGUGGAGAGUGGAGAUGUACGUCUCCUUUGGGGUCAUGGGUCUGGGACUCAUGUCUCUGCUGGCCGUCACUUCCAUUCCUUCUGUGCAGCAAACACUCAACUGGAGGGAGUUUGGCUUCAUUCAGUCCACCCUGGGUUACAUCGCUCUGCUGAUCGCCACCUUCCAUGGCUUCCUCUUCGGCUGGAAGCGAGCCUUCGAAGAGGACGCGUACCGCUUCUACAUGCCCCCGAGCUUCGUGCUGGCGCUGGCGCUGCCGUCGUGUGUCAUCGGGGGCAAGCUGGUCAUGCUGCUUCCGUGCGUGGCCCACAAGCUCCAUCGCAUCCGCCGCGGCCUCGAUCCCGGUCAGCCUCAGAGCAAAAACCCCAAGCCUGUCGGCUCAGCUCUCAACAUUUCACCGGAGCGAGUCACCAUUAUGUAACCUGCUUCAAUACGUAGGUGUGUUUGUUCAUUACUAGGUUUUGUUUUUUCAACAUAAAACUGCUUUAAAUCAUAUAAAUAUGAGGUAUAUAUCAGGGGUCUUAAACAGGGGGUCCGCAAUAAUAUAUAGUCUAAUAUAUUUUUUUAUGUUCCCCACAAUUUUCCCACAAAAUAAGUCUUAAAUGUCCACAUUGAUCCAACACCUGUUGUGUAGUUGUUGUUUUUUAAAAUUGCAUGUUGUGUAGUUUCUAAAUCAUUAUCAUUUUUAUGUUGUGUAGUUUAUAAAUCAUUAUUAUCGAUUCAAAUACGAAUCGAAUCGAAUACAUUGUGCGAUUCAGAAUCGAUUCCCAUUUAAAAAAAAUUUUUUUUUUUUUUAAAUAAAAAAAUAUAUAUAUUUUUUUUUUUAAUCAAUCCAACAGAACAAUACACAGCAAUACUAUAACAAUGCAAUCCAAUUCCAAACCAAACCUGACCCAGCAACACUCAGAACUGCAAUGAACAGAGCAAUUGAGAGGAGACACAAACACGACACAGAACAAACCAAAAGUAGUGAAACAAAAAUGAAUAUUAUCAACAACAGUAUCAAUAUUAGUUAUAAUUUCAGCAUAGCAGUGAUUAAAAAUCCCUCAUUGACAUUAUCAUUAGACAUUUAUAAAAAAUUUAAAAAAAAAGGAAUAGUGUCACAAUGGCUUACACUUGCAUCGCAUCUCAUAAGCUUGACAACAGACUGUGUCCAAUGUUUUCACAAAGAUAAAAUAAGUCAUAUUUUUGGUUCAUUUAAUAGUUAAAAAAAAUUUACAUUAUUGCAAUCAGUUGAUAAAACAUUGUCCUUUACAAUUAUAAAAGUUUUUUUUUUUAAUCUACUACUCUGCUAGCAUGUCAGCAGACUGGGGUAGAUCCUGCUGAAAUCCUAUGUAUUGAAUGAAUACAGAAUCGUUUUGAAUCGGAAAGAUAUCGUUUUUGAAUCGAGAAUCGAAUCGAAUCGAAAAAAAUCGAUAUAUUAUCGAAUCGUGACCCCAAGAAUCGAUAUUGAAUCGAAUCGUGGGACACCUGAAGAUUCACAGCCCUAUUACUUUAUGUUGUGUAGUUUAUAAAUCAUUAUUAGUUUUAUGUUGUGUAGUUCAUAAAUCAUUAUUUUUAUUUAAAGGUUAUCCAUCCAUCCAUUUUCUACCGCUUGUCCCUUUUAUUAUUGGUUGACGUGCAGUAUCAGUAGUUUCACUUUACAGUCAUCCACUUGUCUUUGUUGACAUAUUUCACUGGGAAGUAAAAGUGUUCCCAAACAGCUGACUUGAAUGAACCGCCUGUGUUUUUCGAGCUAUGGAUUCUCCUUGGCACUAUUGCUAGCCAUAAUUCCUGCGAGCCAAAGACUGAAAUAUUUGUUUAGUGAGUAGACGGCAUAAACACUUCCUGUCCAUGUGUAUAACAUGUCUGCUGGUGUAGUGUGUGCUCAACCAAUCAUCUGUGGACGUUCUACAUGAAGAAGUGGGAUUGGACAAAAAUGUACGGAUCCACAGCAAGUAUUCAAAGCAGAAGUUGCUUUUUUAUUUCUUCUCCUCGUGUUUGCACACCAUUGUUCAACCGUGUACUUGCACUGCUUGUGUGUCACACUGUCUUGUACAAGUCUAACAAAGUGUUCAAAACUAUUUCAAAAGUC